AAAAGAUAAAAGAAAAUCAACAACAAAUAGAAAAAAGAUAAAUGAAAAUAAGAGUUCAAUCUCGACGGGGGAGAUAUUCAAUCAAUGGGAGGAGCGCGCCCAUUUAAAAUUAUGCGCCUCCACAAAACGACGGCAUACUACGGGAAAUGCUCAAUAGAUCGUGAGUUGUCAUGAAACAUGGUACGCGACAGCAGCCGUAACAUUUGUUUUGGAAAAUUAGCCGAAACUACGCAGCAACAACAACAACAAAUAGCCGUGGAUAGUAGCAGCAGCAACAAUAAUAACAACAACAAUAACAACAACCAGAAACUACGCGAUACAUUAAAAAGGUCUACAGAAGAACCACCGACAAACAGCUUCGAAAGGAACUACUACGAUCGCAGCCGCCUCAUCUAUCACGCCAGCAACGCAGCAGCAGCAGCAGCCGUAGCCACAACUGCCAGCAGCAGCAACAUCAAUUCAAACAACAACAACAGCAGCAACAACAACAAUAGCAGUAGCAGUAGCAGCGAUAGAUCGCGAGCUCGAGAUCGAUUGUUUAGGAAUGGUUCAGCAGCAGCCGCAGUUGCAGCAGCAGUUGGUGCGUCAGCUACAAGCAGCAACACGACGACGACAACAUCAGCAACAACAGCCAAACGCAGCAGCAGCAGCAACGCCGUUGCCGCCACAAGCGUUGGGCGAUCGCAGCAACAACAACAACAUCAUUAA